CCGAGCUGAAUAUGAGAUAAAUGGAGAAUGUUGUCCCAUGUGUGCACCUGGAAGCCAUGUUUAUAGGCAUUGCACUGAAUUUAUCAGCACGACCUGUGUGCCAUGUGCUUACUCAACUUACAUCUCUGAGCCCAAUGGUCGUCUAAAUUGUCUUAGUUGUGCGGUUUGUGAUCCUGAGCAAGGAUUAAGAGUAAAGACAACCUGUGCACGGUAUACAGAUACAGUUUGUGAGCCACUUGAGGGAUUUUACUGUGUCAGUAAUGACAAGGGCAGCUGUACACAAGCUGUCGAACACAGAAAAUGCAGCCCUGGACACUACAUAAAGCAGAAAGGAACAGCACAUAAUGAUGCAGAAUGUGGUGAAUGUAAAAAUGGUACCUACUCUGAUGGAUCACUUGACAUUUGCAAACAGCACACAAAGUGUGAAGAUUUGGGACUUAGAGAAAUAAAACCAGGCACAACGAUCUCUGAUGUUGAGUGUGGAAAUAAAACUCAAGUGCCUCUGUUCAUAACUAUGACUGUUAUCAUAGUUUGCAUUAUUGUGGCACCAGCACUAGUAAUUCCUUUCAUAAUUAGACAUAAAAUUUGCCGACAUGAAGGUAGGAAGUCUGAAAAAGAAACAGAGGACAUACAAGAUAAUGAAACACUUACCAUGGUCUCAGCAUUUCAACAACCAAAUAAGUAA